AUGGCCCACGGCCCACCUGCUGACGUGUGGUCACUUGGCGUUAUGGCCCUUAAGUGGCUGUACGGUAUCCCAGCGCCCAGACAAACACAGAAAAGCAUGUCAUCGGACCAGUGGCGCUCUUGGGCCAAGACCUGGGUGGACGCGCUGACGGCUUGGUUGGAUGACCAGGAGUCAGGAAAGGACGUUGACAUGCUGCAGGGCAUGCUGGUCUUGGACCAGACAAAGCGGCUGACGGCACGCAAGUGCCUGAUGAUGGGUUUCAAGAACCGCUUAUUCGAGCGGCGGGCCGUCGACGGACUUGUCGAGUGCGUGGUGGACGGGGCAGAAGCCGCCGACGACUUGGCUGGCGGGGACGAGGCACCUGCACGCACACCGCAGGCGGAUGCCGAAGACGACCCCGAGGCCACUAUCAUACUAAGUUGA